CAAAGGGUUGCCAAUGCUUGAACCCAGUGAAGUAAAAUCUGCAGGAAAAGUUGUAGAUUGGCUAGCUGAGGGGCUUCAACCUUUGCUACCAGAGAAGGUUGAAGCCAACUUGGAGAAAUUGGUAGUAUCAGGUCAUAGUAAGGGUGGAAAGACAGCAUUUUGUGUUGCACUUGGUUAUUCAAAAAUCAAGCUAAAAUUUUCAGCACUGGUGGGCAUAGACCCUGUGGCUGGAAUAUCUAAGUCUUGUGAAACAAAUCCUCAUAUUCUGAAGGGAGUGCCAGGAUCCUUCAAUUUGAACAUGCCUGUUGCUGUGAUUGGUUCUGGGCUGGGUCCAAAGAAGAGUAAUUGUUGCACUCCACCUUGUGCUCCUGAUGGGAUGAACCAUAAGGAGUUUUUCAAGGAGUGCAAACCACCUUGUGCAAAUUUCGUGGUGGCAAGGUAUGGUCACAUGGACAUGUUGGACGAUGAAACAGCAGGAGUAAUUGGGACAUUAUUGUCAAAAUGUGCGUGCAAGAAUGGAUCAGGUCCUAGGGAUUUGAUGAGAAGAACCAUUGGAGGCUUGGUUGUGGCCUUCUUGAGGGCACAAUUACAUGACCACUGGAAGGAUUUUGAUGCUAUUUUAGGGAAUCCUAACCUUGCUCCAACUCAAUUGGACAACAUGGUAUACAUUCCAUCAUCAUAGUUGUUAGGAUUACAUGACUUUGAUCCCACAUCGAACAGAAAUAUAUAUAUAUAUAUAUAGAUAGUGUUUGUCUUAUUCAAGGAGUUAUCCUAAAUCACGUUUGUAACAAUUGAGCGCAUUUACAUAUUAUUGGAAACGCGCUUUUCGCAGGUGUCUUUACAAUUUGAAUUUUAUAUAUACUUGGCAAUGUUACU